AUGAUUAUGAAGAAGUUAGUGGGAAGCGCUCAGCAAUUACAGUCAGUGUGAGCUGCUCAGUCAGUGAGCGCUGUGACCGAGCAGAGGCUCCCAUCUUCACCCAGAAACCUUUCGGAUUGUUUUCGUUUUCGUUGCAUGUCAGGAGCGAAACGGGAGGAAACUUUCUGAAUGGAGAAGCACAAAGUGCUGGACCAGCUCCUGAUGGAGCUCCACCGCUUCCUGCUCCUCCUGGACAGGGAGAAUCUUAGUGGGAAUGCCACCAUCCAGAAGGGAUUGCUGUCAGACCUCCUGCAGUCAUACAAAUCCACAAAUGGAGGUGACGAGGAAUAUAUCUACAUGAACAAAGUGCCAGUUUCUGGGAAAGACAAAAAUGACAAAGAUGACUAUUUAGAUGCCCUUAUUAAUGGAAAAGCAGCAAAAAAUAUUCCAGUGCCACAGAAGAGCCUUCCUGACCUGCCGCCACCCAGAACAGGUGUGGUGGGUCGGGAACCGUUCCCCUUGCCUCCAGUUCCAGCUCCAGCCUGUAUAGAAUCUACAGAGAGCUACUAUGAGGAGGCUCAGCCCUAUGAGGAAACAGUCAACGAUCUGGUGUGUUCUGGCCUCCUCUCUGAGCCCUGGAUGAGAGUACACAGCUCAGACAGUGUGCUUUAUGCUGUUAUCACUGGGGAUGAUGCAGACGCGGUUAGCAGCUCAUAUGAGUCCUACGAUGAGGAGGAGGUGACCAGAGAGAAGUCGACAUCAGCGCAGCACCAGUGGCCUUCAGCUGAGGCCUCCAUCGAGCUGAUGAAGGAUGCCAGAAUCUGUGCCUUCCUGUGGAGGAAAAAGUGGCUCGGCCAGUGGGCCAAACAGCUCUGUGUCAUCAAAGACCAUCGCCUUCUGUGCUACAAAAGCUCCAAGGACCAGACGCCUCUGCUGGACGUGAGUCUGUUAGGCUGCACUGUUAUUUACAAAGAAAAGCAGCCCAAGAAAAAAGAACACAAGCUGAAGAUCAUCCCAGUAGGAGGCGAGGCCAUUGUGUUGGGCCUGCAGAGCAAAGAACAGACUGAGCAGUGGCUAAAGGUUAUUCAAGAAAUAAGUCCCAAGCCAGCUGAAAGCUGUGACCCUCAACAUCCUGGGUCAGACUCCCCGAGGCUUAUUUGCACUAAGGGAGAUCUGAACGAGAGACACUCGCUGGCUUCAGAGAGCGGCAGCAGCACAGACAGCCACAAUGAAAUCACAGAAAACAAAGAUGUGAAGAAAAAAUAUGGCCCUGGUUUAAUGUUCAGCAAUCUGAUGAACAUCGGGAAGAAAAAACCAUCCGCACUUGAGAGCCCUGAGAAAAGCAUCGACACGUCAGGUUACCUGAAUGUACUGGUGAACAGCCAGUGGCGGACCUGCUGGUGUCUCAUAAAGAAUGGCCAGCUGUGGUUUUACCAAGACAAGGGAAAGAACAAAGUGAGCCAGCCAGCGGUGACCCUGGAGGGCUGCAGCGUCUCGCCCGACCCCAGCCCCGAUCAUCUCUACUCCUUCCGCAUCGACUUGGACGGCACGCAGAUUGCAACCUUAGAGGCAAAAACAUCAGCAGAUAUGGGUCACUGGUUGGGCCUCCUGCUGUCACAGACGGGAACCAAAACGGACCCGGAGGACCUGACGUAUGACUAUGUUAACUCUGAAAGGGUCUCCAGCAUCGUCAGCGCUGCAAAGACUUCCUUCUACUUGAUGCAAAGGAGAUAUUCAGAGUCAAAUACCUACAUAGACACUCUUCCUUCCAUUCCUCAAAACUCUGAUGAGCUGUACGACGAUGUUGCAUCAAUAGCUGAUCCUGAGGAUGCAGAGGAGAACGCCCUGCCAAACUGCGAGGAGGAAAACAAUCACAAUGAAACUAAGCAGGACAAUACCAAAGAGGAGAGAGAUGCCGAGCAGGAGUCCGACAACAGAAUUUACCUCGACCUGGUUCCAAUGCGCUCCUUCCUCCAUACAGCCUCAGGGAAUAAAGCUUCUCCUCCUUGCAAGGAAGCUUCCAGAGUUUGUCCAACCCCAGGAGAGGGCCAGAGGGAUUCCUUUAGCCAAGUUACAGAGGUCCCUUCAAUAAACCGAACUGAUCCAGACUCCACCGUGGUAACAAAUGGACCAAAUUCAGCGUUACCCAGCAAACCAAAUCAGCAGCGAUCAUUUAGUCCCACUUCCAUAGUGGCACAAACUCAACCCACCAAGACUUCAUCACCAGGUCAGGACAUCUCCAAGAGGAACAGCCUGGGGGUCCCACGAGCCUACAGCCCGCCUGCAGCACAGACACAGAAGGGGGGAACAACACAUACCACAGCAUCCUGGAUCCCCAACAGCCCACAGCUGGGACGACCAAAGGCACACACCAUAGGGAGCUCCAGUGGCUUUGAGAUCAAGCUUGGCAAAAACCGCACUGAGGCAGAUCUGCGGCGCUACAUUGAUGAACGCGAUCGUCUGGAGAAGGAGAGGGAGGAGGUGAGGAGCAGCCUGGCCAACCUGAAGAAGGAAAAGAGAGAAAUAAAAGAGGAGCUCAGCACCUGUCAGGAUCCUAAGCUGCAGGCUUCGCUGGAGGCGUGUUUGAAGGAGAAGGAAGAAGCGUGUCGGGAGGCGGAGCAGCACAGGGUGGAGGUGGAGCUUCAACUGGUAGAAGUAAAGGAAAGUCUGAAGAAAGUGGAAUCAGGGCCUUUCACACUGGGAACCACACUGGACAGCAGCCUCCAGGACUCCGCAACGACUAAAGCAACAACCAUGUCCAAUCCCCAAAUAUCAUCACCACCAACACAAGCAGCACCACAACCAUCUUCAUCACCUUCCCAGCCGACCAACAGCAGCACGAGCGCUGACUCUCCAGUAAACGCUGCCUCAGCACUUAAAAACAGACCCACUUCCAUUAUUGCAACAAAAGGCAAUGUCCUGCAGAAAGCCAAGGAAUGGGAGAAAAAAUCAACCACUUAGAUGGAAGCUUGUAAAUCUGCACAAACAUUUCCGCCACCAGGGAUUUUUAACCUUUCUUAUUUCUACAGAGACAUUAGAAGUGAGACUGAAGCACAAACUGAAAACAUCCUAAACAUCACCAAUAUUGUUUAAUACCAAUACAUUUCUCAUUUAUUUUAUUUGCAUUUGGGAAAAUGUAGGCAAUAAUGUGGCCAGUGUUAAAGAAAACCACUAAAUUUUAAACAACAAAAAAAUCCCUUUACUAAAUUGUCUAUUGUGUAAAAUUUAGAUUGUAGCGUAGUUCUUGUAUGCUGGUAGCAAGAUGUAAAUAUAUGUACACCAUUUAUUCAGCCUUUUUGGCUUGUAUUGCUAGCUAAAACUGCACUUUUUAUUCAAAUAAAAAAAAAUCUUAAAAUAAAAA